GAAAGACGUGUUUCCGCUCGGUUUGUUUUCCGUUUCCGUAUUUCACUCCGUUGCUAGUGAAGAGAGUUCAAGAAUUUUCUCGUGAACUAUUAGUACACUUUUUUUUUCUUGUUUUGUGUUUACAUACGUAAAUGAGAUUCGUUUGUUCAAAAUCAAAUUAGGCAAUGCAGAAAAGAAAAUCAAAUACUUUAUUGAAAGUAAAGUCAGCCCGUAAAGAGUUUAGUUUAAAAAACGCAACCAACAUUCCAGUGCGAUUGGAAUCGAUCGCAAAUUCCCAACAGAGACAGGACUUAAUUAUUGGUUUAGUUUUAUUCGUGUCUCGUUUCUUGCAAAGAUUAUUUUUACUCUGAUUUGUAAGCAAAACAAUGUGACAAGAAAGCACACACACACAGAGAAGAAAGAUUAAGAUAAGUAAUUAAUUAUUAGAGUUAUUAUUAUUCUAUUAUAAUUAUUAUACACGAAGAAAAACCAAUUUUAUUAAAAAUAUUUAUGAUGAAAACAAAAAUACCCAGCAUUUCCUUUGAUUUGACGCUUCGAAAAACAGACAACAAAAAACUCUCAACAAAGUUUUCCAUUUUGGGGUUGCUUGUCUCGUUUUGGUGUUGGUGUCUUUUCUCCCCAAUUCUAAACGAUGUUGGUGGUGGUGUUUGUAGCUUUUCCUGGACCAAAUCUCGCAGUCUCCCCACGAAAAACUCCAAACGGUGACGACACCAACACCAGCGCAGUCAAAGCAGGCGUCGGAGUGGGAAAAUCCGAGAAUCUCCAACAAAUACACCCACAGUGGAAGAGCAUGCCAUGGCAAGUUGAGAGUGAGAGUACCUGCGUUUUCCUCAAAUUUCCACCGUCGUCGUCGAUCUUGCGGGUUGUGUGUGUGUGUGCGUUGGAUGCUGUGCAUGUCCUUUCUGUCAUGAUGUCCUCCGUCGCGGGGGGCUUCCGACGAUGAUGGCCAAUGAUGACGGUUUGGGGGGGCUAGCCGACGUUUCCAUGGAAACUGUCUCGCGCUUUCCCCCUUGGAGCAUCUGUGUGAGUGAGUAUGAGUGUGUGUGCGUGCGCACCGUGAAAACAAUGUACUGCCGCCGGUGACUUGGAUUUAUGUUGCUUUUCUAGUGCUAGUAAUGUGGCCUACUACGAUGACUAGCUCUCAUCGCCGAAGAAAUUUGCGUGCGUUUGCGCGCGUGUGUGUGAUGGCGGCGGCGGCGACUGUUUGUCAUUGUCACUGUGGUAUGGUGUGGUGUGGCACAAGUGUCAUCAUCGCUCAGUGUCAUCACGCGUGAGACACGGUCGACUCUGUCGCCAUUUUAAUGAUGAUGGAGGCGGUUUUGUCGUCCGCACCACCACCACCAGCGCCAUCUCGGAGAGGCACCUGAAACGAACCGACGGCUGUUGGUGUUGUUGCUGCUAUUGUUAUGCGUUCCGGUUGUGUUGGAUGAGUCGUUUUUGCGGUUGUUGGAAUGUACAACGCGGCGGAAUCAUCGCGAUGGGAGCGAAAAUGUCUCGCCGAAAUGGGCGUAGAGCGGCCACGGCUACUCGGGACGACGAAAUGCAGACGGGGGGGACGGAACUCGACCGGGUUGCGAGUAGCGGACGGGUCGAUGCCAAGCCGGAGGUUCCGGGACCGGAUCUGCCGGUUGUCGAACAAAAUUUGAAUGAAAUUUCUUUUGAAAAUUCCGACAAUCCGGCAGAUUUGGUUCUGGAAUCGCCGCCGGUAAAUGAUAUUUCAUUAAAUAACUGUUUGGACAUGACUGCGGCGGAUUCCAUCUCGGAACCGCCUGCAGAUGUAAAUUUUUCUUUACAGGUUGUGACGACGACAUUCGAGGAGGUGGUUCCAAUGCCGGAUCCACCGAUAGAGGAGCAAAAUUUGAUUAAUGACGAUUUGGAAAUUUCCGAAAAAUCGGUGGAUCCGGCAUCGGAGCCACCGAAGACCGACGGCGACUCAAACACGCUUUCGAUUCCAACAGCGGCGGUGGUUUCCACCGUGGAACCGCCCGCUGACCUAAAUUCAUGUAAAAUUGAAAUCUCUCUUUCAGAUGACAAUCCGGAACCUCUUCCGGAACAUACGGAACUAAAUUUAGAAAUUAUUUCUUCCAAAAUUCUAGAUGAUCCCGGACAAUGUUCCCACUCCGUUUCGGUCGAAAUUCCUCCGGAAGUGGUUCCGGAGCCACCACCAAAUCCCAAAUCUGACACAACAUAUUUUUGGUGCUACGUCUGUCAAAAUUCAGGUACAAACACAUUGCCAUGGUUGCUUCGAUUGAAGUAUUCCAAGCCGGCAAUGUGUUUGAAAUAUUUGUUUACAGGCUCGAUGUUUUGCAUUGCUCUGGGUUUGCUUGUUAUUGUUUAACUUGUUUGUGUUGUUGUUAUUUAAUUGCAGGUUGGCGUUUCGUGUUUCCCAAGCGAUUUAUUUGUUACCGAUGUUGAUUUCGAUGACGAUGAUGAUGAUGACGAUACUGACCAUAAUAUUUGAUGUUGAGGAGAUUAUCGAGUAAUUUACAAGGCCGACUGGACGAUUAGGACGAGGGCGAAGCAGCAUGAUGACUGUAGCGGAUGAUGGAAGACUUGGCGAAGUUUAUUUUUCUUAUAAUGAAUUGUAAUAUAUUGAUCUGUACUGAUAUUUGAUUU